AUUAAUAAGCAGAAUGUGAUGAAAUCAGUUUGCAGUAGAUGCACAUUUGUGAAUGUUUGGCAGGUGACAGAGUUCACAUGUUGACACAGACUGCUGAGAGCGUUAUCCUGCCUUCUUUUACACCACACACACCUAUAACAAGUGCCUGACGCAGACGUGGCUAAUAUUACAUCAGCAGUGUGUUGAGCAGUGUGAGAGCAGCCUGGAACCGAUACCAUGUCAGUGAAACUGGAAGGAAACAUUUUAGUGACCGGAACCAACAGAGGAAUAGGUCUGGAACUGGUCAAACAGCUUGCAGAGAAGACGGGAAAAGAAGCUCAUAUUUACGCCUGCUGCAGAGACCCCGAAGGAACCAGAGCCGAGGCACUGAGACAGCUCACCAGUCAAUAUCCUGGAAAGAUCACUUUAAUCAAACUAGAUGUGGCAGAUGAGGGCAGCAUCUCAGCUGCUGUUCAAGCUGUGAGCGAGCGGAUCGGUUCUGUUGGUCUGAACCUCCUCAUCAACAAUGCUGGUAUCAACACACCAGCUUCACCGGCAUCAUUGGUGGCCACCAGGAAGAAGGACAUGAUGGAGGUGUAUGAAACCAAUGUUGUUGGACCAUUUAUCCUCUCAAAGAUGUUUCUUCCAUUCCUGCAGAGAGCUGCGGAGAGAUGCUCCACUGAUAAGGACAACAGUGGUGAAAUGUCCUGCAGGAGGUCAGCCAUCAUCAACAUCUCCUCUAACAUCUCAUCCAUAGAGAAGUGUCCAGAGACCUUUUCAAUGGCACAGAUGUACGCUUACAGGGCCAGUAAGGCUGCUCUGAACAUGCUGACUCGCUGCCAAGCUGAGGACUUCAAGAUCAACAACAUACUGGUGACGGCCAUCCACCCAGGCUGGGUCCGCACUGAGAUGGGAGGGGAACAGGCUCCUAUCAGCCCCCAGGACAGCGUACUGGGCGUGCUCAGUGUGAUCUCAUCUCUUAGCAACAAAGACAGUGGGAUGCUUCUGGACUGGGAGGGCAACAUGAUCCCCUGGUAGAAGUCUCCAUGAAAACCACAGCAGCAAACAGUCAAAUGAAGCACAAAGGCUGAAUUUUUCAUAGUAUGUCUGAAAUAAA